AUGAGCAAAGCGCAGCCGCAAUCCGUCUACCGCCGCCUCCGCGGCGCAUUCGAUUCCGUCGCUACAGUGGCGGCUGCUUCCACCCAACCCGCCGCCACAACCACAGCCACCUCCAAGCCGAGCUCACUCAGGAAGAUGGUCAAGAGAUUCAAGGAGUCAUCCGAGUCGGAAGACUUCCGUUCUCGAUUCGACGUCUACCUCAACACAUUCAAGCGCCUUGCCAAGUACGGGAAGUUCUCCAUGAUCGAAGAAAUCGUCGAGCAUCAGAAGAAGUUCGAAGACAUCACCGGGGAGCAGUUCGUCUCACGUCUCAUCAUCGUCUACGGCAGGGUGGGAAUGUUCAAACAAGCACGCAAGCUGUUCGACGAAAUGCCUGACCUUAAUUGCCCACGAACUGUUUACUCCUUCAACGCGCUGCUUUCGGCCUGCAUCGAUUCGGGGGAGUUUGACCAAAUCGACGGCAUCGUGAAGGAUUUGCCCCCGAAGCUGGGGAUUACUUUGGACGUGGUUUCACAUAACACGAUCAUGAAAGGGUUCUGCAAGAUGGGUGCUUUGGACUCUGCUGCUUCCACCUUGGAUGAGAUGAUGAAGAAAGGCGUGAGCCCAAGCGUGGUUAGUUUCAAUACUCUGUUGAAUGCGUUCUACAGAAAUGGGAGGUUCGAAGAUGGUGAGUCCAUCUGGAAUAGAAUGGCGGAAAUGGAUGUCGCUCCUGAUAUCAUAAGCUAUAAUUCGAGGAUGCUUGGAUUGGCAUUGGUGAAGAGAGUGGAGGAAGCGGAGAAGCUAAUUGAUGAAAUGGGUACCAAGGGAAUAGAACCUGAUGCCCACAGUUUCAGUGCUUUGAUUCAGGGGCAUGUAAAAGAUGACAACUUGGAAGCUGUUAAGCGUUGGUAUCGGGAGAUUGAGAAGAAUGAGCUUGCGCCCAAUAAGGCCAUCUUUGAGACUUUGGUUCCGUUUCUCUGUGAGAAAAGUGACCUGCAGCUUGCUUUCGAGCUUUGUCGUGAUACGUUUCAUGCGAAGUGUGGUGUUGAUGUGAAAUUAAUGCAGCAUGUUGUUGAUGAGUUGACGAAAGAGUCGAAAGUUCAAGAGGCAGAGGAGCUUGUGCAGCUUGCUAAGAAGAACAAGUACAAGCUCAUCGUUAGCUGA